AUCGUAAAGUUUAUGUAGUGGGCGGAUUAGCCAUAAGGGGUGAUUUCUUCAUUAAAGUUGUAAAAGACAAAUUUACAAAAGGAAUUAAGAAUGUUAUGUGCCUGUGAUAAACGCAAUUUCAACGACAAUAAACCGCUGAGCACAUAGCGCAUAUUGGGAUCUGUUCUCGCCGAUUAUGAAAAGCUCUCCCCUUUUUGCUCUGACUUUAUCGUUCGUUCUCAGUGAAAUUUUCUUCAGCGAAAACAGUCUCACAGUUGAAUCUCCAUUGUGGAUCAUUAAGAGAAGUAAUAGCUGAGCAGCUUUAGGGUUUUGGAAUUUAGAGGUGACACAUGGAGAGUUCAGGUCUGGGAGGUCGGUUUUUGUCAGGUCCAACUGGUGGAUUGUUAGACUUAGAGUCACCAAUUCAUAGACAGCAGCAAACUCAGUUGGGAAAUCCCUCAUUGGCCCAUCAACAUCACAUGAACUUAAUAGGUGGACUUGCUCACGAUCAUCACUCCAUUGGAUUAAUGGAAGUUAAAGGUUCAACACCGAAAGGAUAUUCAACAAAUUUUGGUAAAGGGAAAGCAGUUAGUCCUUUUAGUGCCACAAAUAAUGGGAAUGGGAGUGAAGAUGAUGAACCGAGUUUUAUGGAAGAUGGGAACGGGGAGAGUUCAAGUGCAGCUAAGGGUAAGAACGGAUCAACAUGGCAACGAAUGAAAUGGACAGAUAAUAUAGUUAGGCUUCUUAUAGCAAUAGUUGCUUGUGUGGGUGAUGAUGGUCCAUUUGAGGGCGUUGAGGGGCUUAAGAGGAAAUCCGGGAUUUUGCAAAAGAAAGGCAAGUGGAAAACAGUUUCAAAGAUGAUGAUCAGUAAGGGCUGUCACGUUUCGCCACAACAGUGUGAGGAUAAAUUUAAUGAUUUGAAUAAAAGGUACAAGAGAUUGAAUGAGAUUCUUGGAAGGGGAACUAGUUGUAGAGUGGUGGAGAACCCUGCACUUAUGGACUCAAUGCCUCUUUCAGAUAAGGCAAAGGAUGAUGUUAGAAAGAUAUUGAGUUCAAAACAUUUAUUUUACAAGGAAAUGUGUGCAUAUCAUAAUGGGCAAAGGAUACCCAAUUGCCAAGAUCUUGAUCUACAAGGUUGUUUGUCACCUCUUGAAAGGUGCUCAAAAGACAAUAAUGGCUCAGAGGAGGAGGAAGCUGAGGGACGUGAUGAUAGUGAUGAUGAUGAUGAUGAAUCAGAUAAUGGAGAUGAUAAUAAUGCUAAUGAGGAUGUGGUGAGGAUGGAUAAGUAUUCAGAGAGGAAUAAAGUAAAUGAAGAGGAUGCCCGUCUUUGGUCUCAAUCAGGUGGGUUGAUUGGCUUUGAGGUUGAAAUGGCUGCGAUUUUUCAAGAUCCUGCAGUGUCAUUGUGGGAGAAAAAGGAGUGGAUUAAAAAGCAGAAGUUGCAGCUACUAGAGCAAAGAGUCAGCAUCCAAUCUCAAGCUUUUGAGCUUGAGAAGCAACGGUUCAAAUGGUUGAGAUACUGCAGCAAGAAAGAUAGAGAGUUUGAGACGUCAAGGCUGGAAAAUGAGAGGUUGAGACUAGAAAAUGAGCAAAGUAUAUUACAACUGAGGCAGAAGCAACUAGGCAUGGACUUUAGGAGCUCAGAAACAUCUCGAGAACCCACUUCCCUUGGUAUUGACAGACUGCAAGGAAGAGAUCAAAUUGAUUUGGGCAGGCAUUAAUAGCAAUCCACUCCAGAUAUUCUGUAAGAUGUUGCACAAAAGAAAUUCUUUAGCCUUUUGUAUAUACAUUAACUAACCUUGUGUACCUCGCGUGUCAAUUUAGAUUAACCUUAGUAAUAUAUGAUAUCUUUGUUUAGUUGAGCUUUUUUCCAUGAAAUUGAAAAGUUCAUUGCUGCAGCAUUGUAGUACUAAAACUAUCAUGUCCACUCACCCCCUGUCUCGCAUUGUAGUGCUAAAACUAUCAUGUCCACUCACCCCGUCUCGAGCACAUUUCUUUAAGCCAGAAGCUUACAGAGAAUGGAAGCACCCACAAACGGUGGAGAACCUUGGAUAGGUCCAUUUUUUGUGUAUCAUUUGGCUACCUCUCUUGCCCAUAUUAAAAUUGUUUGUAAUGUGGGAGAACUUCUUUGUUUGCUACUAUAUUCAGUAUAUGAUUUCAAUGUACUGAGGAGAUGUGCUUUCAAACACACUCAUUUAUGACAACGGAACACGUGUAGUUUGUUUCCUAA